UCGGCUGAUUUGAAGUUGUUCAGAACUUGCCUUGCCCGAGGCCGCUGUGAGGAGACGGGUGGGCUCUAGCCUGCCAGUGGCCACGUCUGAGAAACAGCUUUCUACCAGCGUUUGCUUCCCUGAGUCCUUAGACCUCAGAGCCCUGAGCCUUCCCUUGGGUGGGGCAGGUGGGUGGGACAACUCGAGGAGAAGAGGGAAGUGAGAAGCGCGGGUGGGGCAAGCUGAGAAGAGUCUGAGAAGAAAAGGCCUGUGGAGAGGCCUGUACACCUCCCCUUUAAUAAACCCCUCAGCAAGGAGGGGUAAGGGGGGGUGCCUGUGAAGCAGUGAGCUCCCCAUCACCAGAAGCAUUCAAGAAGAGGACAACGAAGUGUGCUCUGGAAGAGGUCUGGAAGCAGCAUGUACACACCCAUCCCGCAGAGUGGCUCCCCAUUCCCAGCCUCAGUCCAAGACCUAGGCUUACACAUAUGGCGGGUGGAGAAGCUGAAGCCUGUGCCCCUAGCACGAGAGAACCAUGGCAUCUUCUUCUCCGGGGACUCCUACCUAGUGCUUCACAAUGGCCCGGAAGAGGUCUCCCAUCUGCACCUGUGGAUAGGCCAGCAGUCAUCCCGGGAUGAGCAGGGAGCCUGUGCUGUGCUGGCCGUGCACCUCAACACCCUCCUUGGGGAGCGGCCUGUGCAACACCGUGAGGUUCAAGGGAACGAGUCGGACCUCUUCAUGAGCUACUUCCCGUGUGGCAUCAAGUACCAGGAAGGUGGUGUGGAGUCCGCAUUUCACAAGACAAACUCGGGGGCCACCCCAGCAGCCAUCAAGAAACUCUACCAAGUUAAGGGGAAGAAAAACAUCCGUGCCACCGAGAGGGCGCUGAGCUGGGACAGCUUCAACACCGGGGACUGCUUCAUCCUGGACCUGGGUCAGAACAUCUUCGCCUGGUGUGGUGCAAAGGCCAACAUCCUGGAACGGAACAAGGCAAGGGACCUGGCCAUGGCCAUCAGGGACAGCGAGCGGCAGGGCAAGGCCCAGGUGGAAAUUAUCACCGAUGGAGAGGAGCCAGCCGAGAUGAUUCAGGUUCUGGGCCCCAAGCCUGCUCUGAAGGAGGGCAACCCUGAGGAAGACCUCACGGCUGAUAAGACCAAUGCCCAGGCUGCGGCCCUGUAUAAGGUCUCUGAUGCCACUGGACAGAUGAAUCUCACCAAGGUGGCUGACUCUAGCCCCUUUGCCUCUGAACUGCUGAUUCCAGAUGACUGCUUUGUUCUGGACAACGGACUCUGUGGCAAAAUCUACAUCUGGAAGGGGCGAAAAGCUAACGAGAAGGAGCGGCAGGCGGCCCUCCAAGUAGCCGAUGGCUUCAUCUCUCGGAUGAGAUACUCCCCAAACACUCAGGUGGAGAUUCUACCCCAGGGCCGAGAGAGUCCCAUCUUCAAGCAAUUCUUCAAGGACUGGAAGUGAGGGUGGGAGUCCCCAGCCUGCUCUCUGGUCUCCCACCAUCUGCCCCCCCUGCUGCGUCACCACCGAGGUUCCCUCCGGAUGCUCAAUAAAGGACGCACAUUCCGUUCCCA